GCGGGCGUCGUGUAAUCUCCGUCCGGCAGCGUUCGUUGGAGGCCGAGCGAGCAGUGCAGCGCGAUGGACCCCGAACUGAGAAAUACCGCUCUCCUUCUGGCGAAGGGGAACAACGCACAGUUCGAGUUUGUGUACAAGUUAUACCCUCAGUCACUAGCCUUGAAAUCACAGUCCAAGAAUAAGAAGCCGGAAGAACUGAAGAAGCUCGACCAUUGGUAUCACAAUGAACUACCAAAGAAGAUCCAGUCACGGGCAAAGGAGGGCGGUUACCUGACCCACGAAGAAUUAGUAAUGACAAUAAAAUGGAAACUGGCGCGCGGCAAGUGGCGGCCGCGUCUGAAGGAGCUGGUGACGAUGAACACACCUCGGCUCGUCCAGCUGGAGACCAAGAAGGCCAUCCGGCAGUUGGUCAAGAAGGAGGACCUCAGCUCGGCCAUCCAAGCCAUGUGUAACCUCAAAGGAGUCGGACCGGCCAUGGCCUCCGCUGUUCUCUCGGUCGCCCAGCCGGACAAGAUCCCGUUCAUGUCGGAUGAGUGUAUGUUCGCCACUCAGGAGGUGGAGGGAUCCAUCGACUAUACCAACAAGGAGUACCUGCGCAUGGUACAGCACGUGCAGAACGCCUGCGAGAGGCUAGCGCGCAAUGGUAACGCGGAGUGGACGCCUCACAGGAUCGAGCAAGUGGUGUUUGCACAUCACGUGAUCGUCAACAACAAGCCGGAGCUGCUGCAGGGCAUGCCCGGCUUCACGGCCAACGGAGAGGCCAACGGAGCAGGCGACGGCAAGGAGAACGGAGCUGGGAACGACACAAAGCAGGUCGGAGAGCCGGAGGUCAAGACAAACGGCGAUCAGAGUCCGCCCGAUGUGGCCGGCUCGGCCGAGAACAGCUGCGACGGCGCUGCGUCCACCUCCGCCGCCGAGCUGGACGAAAACACCAACGACUCGAUUCCGUCGACAGAGGCGUCGUCGGGCAUCGCGCCGUUCGAGGACUCCAACAUGGGCGACGAGUCCAACUCCAACUUCUCCAACAUUGGCGACGAAUCAAACCCGGCCGACGACGGCAUUCAGUCCGGAGCGGACGACUCGGCCUCGAUGCCGCCCCCGGCCGCGCCCGCCGCCGAGGCCGGCGCCAACGGCACCGGCGACCACCCGGCGCCCGCCGACGACCCGACGCCCGCCCCGGACGGCUCCGAGCUGAAGCGCCCCGCCGACGCCGACGCCGGCGCCGACGAGACGGCGGCCAAGCGCGCGCGGCCCGACGAGGGCCCGGCGGCGGCGGCCGAGACGGCGGCUGCGGGCGCCGAGUGAGCUGCGGCGCCGGCCGAGCGACAGACGGACACAUACCACCCCACAUAGUACACACCACAUGCCAGGGACGCGCGCCGGGCGCCGGGCGCGCCGCUGGCCCCGGCCGGCGGCCCGCGCCCAGACGCGGCCAUACGCGCGCUAUUUUUAUAGACAUACCUCUGUGCCGGCGAUCCCGCGACGCCCGUGGCGCGUCUGCGCCGCUCGUGGCGCGCGCGGCGACCUGUGUGUGUGCGUGAGACGAUAGUGGCGCGCUGCGGCGGCGCGCGCGCGCUGUCGGAGGCGGAGCUGAUAAUUGCGGCGUUCGCUGCGCGUCUCGCCGCGGGUGCGCCGCUGCUCGCCGCGGCCGCGGACCUCUCGUUGACACCGGCCUGUUCAUUCCAGUGGGGGGUGCGCCUGCGCGCCGCCCCUGCUCUCUCGCACACAAUACAUUCUGCCGAGAGGA